AAAUACUCUUCAGAGCUGUCAAAACGCUAAUCGCUUUGCGGUGGGACUUGGGAGUUAAUUUUUAACACUUUUAGGUUUUCUUCGCAUUUUUCAAUAUCGCUUUAUUUCUAAAACUACGGAUAUGAUAACUCUGCGUCUCCUGUAGCCUUCUCCAUACCAGAAUUCUCUUUUUCAUUCAUUUAUCACCAUGGACGGUCCUUCCGCUAAGAAAUCUAACUCACUUGAAACGCUGGUUAUUCAAAAUAUAACAAAUGUUAACGAUUUGAAGGCGAAAUUGAACGAUAUAAUCAAGCUAGGAAAAAACUACGAAUACGAUGUUUCGAAUUGUCUUACGGCAUUAUUAAAGAACAGUGACCAAGAAAUCGUGACGCUGGCUGUACAAUCGAUCUCUGAGCUAGCGAAAUGUGAGGAUAAAAGGGAAACAUUUGCUAAAAAAGAUGUGAUAGGACCUAUAAUGGACAUGGUUGGUAAAGAUGUAACCACGGACCGAUUGGAACUUGUAAAACAGUGUUGCAGAGCCCUUGGCAACUUGUGCUGUGACUGCGACACAUCACGAAAGCUAGUCCUAGACCAUGGUGUCAACAUAUUAACAAAACUACUUAAAACAACCUUGGACAACUCAAAUUUGAGUGAAGUAAAAAUCUUUACAUGCAAAACAUUGUUAAACUAUGCCAUUGGCGGGCAACAGUUCACAGAGUCUAUUGUGGAGAGUGGUCUGAUAGAGCUGAUGCAGCGGAUCUUGGCUGCGGAACUGGAUAGCGAGGAUAUGGAUGACGACCUGGUGUCUACGGUGCUGCUUAUUCUCAGUGUAGUGAAUGAUAAUACUCCGGAGUUUCUGUUUAGUGAGAAUGUGAACUUGUUGGUGUUAAGAGUGUUGCGGGAGACGGUUAAUAUGGAGAUUUCGGAACUGUGCCUGGACCACUUGCUUUUGCAGGCAGAGCAUGAGUCAGUAAAGGCACUCCUAGCCCGUCAAGAAUGCAUACAACAUGUCUGCUCUCGUCUAGAGGCCUUGCUUCGGCGUCAGGCUUCGAGAGAGCUUAGGGCUUCGGACUCCGAGGUUGAAGCAUUGGUCAAACAGGCCUGCGACUUGCUUGUGCUAGUCCUUACUGGAGACGAAGCUAUGCACCUCCUGUACGAUAACGGUCACGGGGCCGUGUACGAAACCACGGUCCGGUGGCUCGAAGCCUCCAACCCGCACUUGUUGAGCGCGGCCGUGCUGGCCAUCGGCAACUUUGCCCGCCAGGACGACUACUGCGCCGCGAUCAUGGAAACUCAUAUAUUUGAUAAGUUACUCGACAUAUUUGAGAAGCACCACAAACUGGGUCUAGAGCUGAAGCAAGGCAAAACGCACUCUAUCGACUUGGCCACAGCGAGCAAAGUGCAGCACGCGGCUCUGUCCGCCCUCAGGAACUUAACCGUGUCGGCGGCUAAUAAGAAAGUAGCGGCCAGCAAGGGCAGAGCGGCGCCGGUUUUCAUAGCCGCCCUACCUACCGUGGAAGACCACCACGUAGCCUACAAACUACUCGCUGCUCUCAGGAUGCUGGUCGAUGGACAAGAGGGCGUGGCCCGACAGCUGGCUAGCGAUAGGGCCGCGCUGGCGGCCGCGGCGCGCUGGGGCUCGUGCGAGCACUCGGGCGCCGCGGGCGAGGCGCCGCGCCUGCUCGCCUGGAGCUGCAAGCUGCUGCCCCACCACACGCACUGGAGGAACUAUGUCGAGGUCGACGGCUGCAUAUCCUGCCUAGUAAACAUGCUAAUCGCGUCUCACUCUGUCAUGCAGAACGAAGCUAUCCUCGCUCUCACUCUCCUCUCGAUCCACUGCCUCAAGGACAAACCGGACAUCGACAUCGAAAACACCCUUAUUGCCCGCCUCUUAAAGUCCGAAAUCGGUAAGCACGUUUCCGUACUACUCGAGACAAAUUGCGCGAAAAUGCCGAUUCAGGUCGUAGAGAAUUUGCUAGCGUUUCUAGAUGUUACUAGUAAAGUUAAUCAGCUAGCGCUAGAUUAUAAAGACGCUAAAGUGGGUGAAGCGCUGCAGAAACUGAUGGAAGCGCGGACGGAUUUGAGCGACGAUUUGAAGAGUUGCGUUUUGAGCGUCGUUGCGGCUAUGGCCGAUAAGUAGA